GUUCAAUAACAUUUUUCAAAAGGUUUGAGUUUGAUUGUUUGUUAAUCACCUUGAAGAAGGACUUCAAUGUAUCGACUUCAUGUCCUGUGUCAAAGAGAUGUCUUGCGAUAGCACUGCUGACUAAUAAUAUUUUUUGUCCUGAUUUCAUUUCAAAUAAUAACAUCAUAAAAUUCUUCUGUCUAUCAACAGUGUUAACUAACUGACUGAUUUGAAAUUUUUUAAGAGUUAUAGUAUCUCAUAUGUAUCAUUUAAAAACAAUAUAUUACUGAAUUUAACAAUUACAUCAUCAGUUGAUCAUUGAUUAAUAAUCCAUGUUAUGUUUCUCUUGUCUGUUAUUAAUAUUGAUCAAGUUGAGAUGUGAGUUCUAAUCCUACAGGGAUUAACUGUUCCUUUAGGAUUUCAGGCAUGACCUGUUGAUAAUUGCCAACUACUGAGAAACCUAUGUCUAGGGUUUUCUGUCGACUAUUUUCAACAAUAAAACAAUGUAAUAAGAGUUAGGUACUUGAAUAUAUAAGCAUACUGUUUUUGUAUCUCGGAAUGGUAUGAAAUAAAUUAAGCUUAUUGAAAAGGUUUCAAAUCAUCAACACUUUAUUCUAAACUACAGAAUAGUCUUAUUAUCCAUCACUGAAUAGGUAUGUAGCUAAAAGUCAUUUAUGUAGUAUAACUGUUACUAUAUCGAAAAUUUUAGAGCAAAAAUGUCUGCAGUACUGUCUUAUUGUAGUUGGUUUUGGUACGUACGUUAAGGCUGUUAGAGUAGUGAUUUCAGUUCCUGUUAUCCAGAGUAAUAUAUAUGUAACUUGUCUCAGUCUCUACUUCGAAUUGGAAAAAUGAGGAUCACUUCUGAUUGAUUUGUUUGGUUGACCAACACACAAACGUCACUUUUAAUUUAUUUUUGUAUUGGUUGUUUGAAUUUUUCCACAGAUUUUUAGGAUGGCGAUUGAUUAGUCUCAUAUUGGCAUAUGUACAUCCUGUACAGAUUGUCUCGAUAUUGCCUUAAGUCACAAACCUUAUAAGUAGAAAUGGAUAGUGGCUAGCAGUAGAAUCCAGGACGCGUGUUUCUUCCUAUUUGGAACUCGUCGAAUGGAUGCACCUGAAUCCAAGAGUGGAUAUUCACUCCGGGACUCAAACCCACUUUUCGUCCUUUCAAUUUUUUAGGAAACACCCCGUUCACGCGAGCAGGCAGUAAUUAGGACUUCCAUGACUGGUUUUAUUCGCGUGGCCAUGUGAAAGCAUUUCGAGAAGAGCUGACUCUCCCCCCUCGGCCAUACCAAGGCAAAGAAACAUAAAAUAAAAUGAUUUUCUAUUAAAAUUUACAUCAGUGCACUUGCCGAUCGUGUUACUGUUAUAUUCAGUACUGUCUUCAAAGAAUCGGAUGAUCUAAUUAUUGCUAAAGUAUUUUUACAGGAAUUAACUGAAGUCCGACGACGUUUUGAUCGAGCGCCUCAAGUUCUAUAUUCUCAGUCAGUACCUCCUAGUGAAUUAGUUGGAACAGAUGCAGCUGUCGGUGAUAAUGUGGCUUAUAUUACAUUUGUUCUAUUUCCUCGACAUCUUACACCACAAGCAUCUUCACGUACUAUCAAUCUUAUUCAUAUAUUACGCAAUUAUUUACAUUAUCAUAUAAAAUGUUCCAAAGGUUAUAUUCAUCGAAGAAUGCGUGCUAAAACAUUUGAAUUUAUUAAAAUUUUAAAUCGUGCUAGACCACAAUUUUAUUGUUUAAAUCCUGUUAUACAAACUGGUACUUCUAUAAUGACAACAACAACAUCGAUGAAGUCAAUUUCUUCAAAUUCAUUUGUCACAGAGAAUAGUAUUACAAACGGUGAAAAUGGUAUAGAUGAUCAUAAUCAUAGUAAUGGUAUUGAUGAUAAUAAAAAUAAUAGUAAUGGUAGUAAUAAUGCAAGUAUGCAGACAGAUCGAAAAAGUAUAAUGUCAACAAUGAAAGAUACUGGAUCAAUGUCACAACAACAUCAGCAUUUAUCAACACCAUCAGUUCAACAAACAUCAUCAUCAUCGUCCUCGUAUACAACUACUCUUCCUCAAUCUUCAGAUUUCAUGCUCAAUAAUGGUUAUAUAUAAAGUUUUUUUUUUUUGAAAAAUAAAAGAUGUAUUUUAAAUUUGUUUCCCCAUUCAUUUUGUGUGAAUGUAUGUGUGUCUGUUCCUUUACUUUUUUUUUACUUGUGCCAAACAAUCUGAAUACUAAGUAAUAUGUAUACUGGUUAUUCAUUAUAGAACUAACCAACCAAUUGAAAAUAACUUCCUAAUAUCAAUUUAUUAAUAACGGUAUCAUAUGCAUAGAAAGAAAAGAACAGAGUUAUUUCAUCUCUUUCUCUCCCCACCGUCUCUCUGUUUCUAUGGCUUAGUUCGAUCAACUUUCUUCCAUAAGCCAUCAUUAUCAUCAUUUGUUUUUCUCUUCUGAUUAUGCAUAUGUGAUAGGUAUAGUAAUUGUGAAUAGUUUCAUUUUGAAAUAAUAACUUGAUAAGGAAGAGAGACCUGUGAUUUUGAUCUUAGUUACAACUUCAUUUUUUACAUUUGGAUGUGUGUGUGUGUGUAUGCCUAGAUUGAUGAUGCAUGUAACUAAUCUAAGAUAUACAUAUAUAUGUAUAUGUAUAUACUUAUGUAUUUGAAAAAUUCUUCCUUCAUCCACUUAUUCAUAAAUCAUAUCUUCUGCAUGGUAUCAUUCUUCAUGCUACAUUAUUACCGGUUUCUUUUUCUUAUUUAUCAUUAGGGUUUAUUUUAUUGUAAUUUGUUUAUCCAUCGUCGUCGUCAUGGUUGUUCCUGUUGUUGCUAUGUUUUCUUUUUUUUUAAUUAAAAAAUCGAAAUACAAAUUUUUUUUUUUGUUUUUCUCUAUUCUACUCUUAUUUACUUUUGAAAUGUAUUCAUUUUCUUUAUCCAAUUGUUAACAGACGUUUGUUUAUUUCUUGUUAAUAGAAGACCACAAUGAACAUUCAUAAUUGUUAUUAUCAAGAAAUGAAUAUGUAUCAAUAUUGUACUUUAUCUGUGGAUACAUUUGUUUCUUCUUCUUCUUCAUCUUGACUGUUGUCUUCUUGUUUCUACAAUUGAUCCUUAUUAUUAUUAUUAUUAUCUUGUAAAAGGUGUAGAUGAUUGUUUCGUCAUAGUGUGACAGAAUUUCCCUACAAUCUCCUAUAAGAAAUCAAUUGAAUCUUUGUAAUAUUGAAUAGUAUAGUAUAGUAUAAAGCAUUUAUUCAUGUUAUUGUAAACAUAUACAUUAUUUACUACUAUCAAUGAUGAUAUUACUUUAUAAUGAUUAUUAAAUAAAUGAUAAUAAUUUA